AUGGCCGAUCUUUUAUACGACCUGCUAGCAUCACAGCCCGGUGCCGACCUGCCCAAGACACCCAGUGAUCAGACCUCCUUGGACUACCUGAAGCACCUGGCCGCUCAGCCUCUGUCCUCUCUAGACAGGACUGAGCCCCAGUCAAUUUCUCAAUCCUCUCAUACCCUCCUCAUAUCUCUUCAGUCCUUGUCCAAAAGGUCAUACAAGCCCAUCAUUGAAUCCGCAUCUCAUCAUGCUUCGUUACAGACGGCCCUUCCAGCACUGGCCAGCAGCACAGCAGAGCUGCGGCAUGCCAUACCGAGAUUGGACAACGAGGCCGUGAAAUUCUCAAGCACAUACAACAAGGCCAGCGAGAAUGAUGUACUGGCGAGGAGAAAACGGGCCCUACUUCUGUCAAGGAAUGUCGAGCGUCUCGUGGAUGUACUGGAGCUACCCACCUUACUGAAUUCGGCCAUCUCGGCCUCACCACCGAAUUACUCCUCGGCAUUGGAUCUCAAUGGUCACAUACGAAGACUACAUUCUCUCUAUCCCACCUCGCCGCUGAUCGCAUCUAUAUCAGCGCAGGCAGACGAGGCAAUGAAGACGAUGGCAGCGAACCUGGUACUCUCGUUGAAAGCACCGGGCCUGAAACUAGCCGCCUCAUUACGGACCAUCAGCUGGCUACGGAGGGUACUUCCUGACCUUGAGACGGCUGGGUCCCAAGACAAGAGCCAUGGCUCGCAGGACAGAGUCUUGGGCGCGGUGUUCCUCGUGUGCCGCCUUGCCACGCUCUUGAACAUGCUUGAUGCGCUGGAUCCACUGAAGGAACUCGCGGACCAGGAGAAGACACGACAAAAGUCAAUCGGCAGCGGAAACGCCUGGUCAGGAGGCCAGCAGACGGAGAGGUACCUGAAGCGGUAUAUUGAGAUAUUCCGCGAGCAGAGUUUUGCAAUCGUAUCCAUGUACAGGAGCAUAUUCCCAGCGACCUCCGAUGCACCAGCUCCUGCGAGCGGAAAGGAGGACCCCCUCGAGCCGCUACCAUCGUCUCUGUCAACCUUUCCGCUAUAUCUUGUCGACAUGCUACUCGAGACCUUGCGGCUAUACCUUCCAACCGUCAAGGAUCAAGCAUCAAGAGAUAGUCUGUUGACGCAGGUUUUGUACUGUGCCGGUAGCUUGGGCCGGCUGGGAGGUGACUUCGGGUUGUUCUUGGCAGGCUUAGACCUUGGAAGUGAGGCAGAGGAGGAGUGGGUAGAGGUCGUGAGGCGACAUCGACAAUUGGCUGGACGCCUGGAGUCCAUUGUCGGAGACUUCAAAGAGAAGACAACCAAAUAG